AUGCUGAGCAUGAGGAUGCUUUUGCUGGUGCUGCUGGCUGCAGCCUUCCAGGAGGGCCGAGGAAGGGAGUAUGGCCUACUGGCAGAGGAAGGGCCAGACAUUGUCAUCCUCCAUCCUGCCAACGACUCUCUUGUCGAAUGUCCGAUGAUGAUCGCGUUUUACGUCUCCUCUUUCUGUGUACAGCGGCUGGGAUCGAGGCUGACGGGAGUCUACCUCUACCUCAACCAGGAGAAGAUCCUCGAGUCGGACCUCCUGGUCCAUGGCAACGACGGCAGCGCGCAGUAUCAUGCGGUGAAGCAUGCUUGCUGCGGGGGAUGGCGAGGAAGGUUGACGGGCGAGCUGCAGGAGGUUCCACAACUACGCGCUGGGGUGUAUGAGGUGCAUGCGAGCUUGCGCAUGAGGCAAGGGUCUGAGCACCUGUCCGCUCGAAGUGCUGUGACAACCUUCGAGGUGCUUGCUCCUCUUCAGGAAGAGGAGGCAGGAGGGAGGGAGGGUGGAGAGGAGGAGGGAGAGCAGGAGGAGGCGGAGGAAGAGCUUGAGGGUAGGAUGUUCCGGCGUUGUGCGGCGAGAGAGGACGUCUGCAGGGAGGAGAAGAUCAAGGCGAGUUGCAACUGCACUGGAGACUGGUUCGGGGACGAUUGUAACUACAACUUCAUGGUCAACUCUUCGUAUUUUCCAGGCAUGACUGCGCAUGCUCUUGAGACGUUAGUGAUGUCGGUCGCAGUGCAUCUCAAGAACACCCCAUGUAGUUGCAGAAGAGUGUCAGAGUGGUACCAGGCAAGGAGGGUGUUGGAGGUAGGCUGUCAGGCGUUGGGAGCUCAGAUGCACUUCCUUGCUCUUGGAUUGUCGGCAGCUCUCAGGAAGCAGAGAGCGCUUGUCUUCGACGAGGACCGCUGGCUCUACGGGCGGCAUGAGAACUGUAAGGGAAGGGGAAGGAGAUGCUUCUUUCUCUCGCUCUUCCCCUCCGGCUGCAGCAGGGACAGCAUCCUUGCUGCUUCCAACUCCUCCAUCUCAAGGACACGAGGAUGGGAGGCUGAGCUACAAUCUACCAAGGAGACCCACAUUGAUGUGAUCACGACAGCAAGACAUCUUCGGGAGGGUCUUCUUCCCCCUCCUGCCUUCAGCCACCUCGGACUCUUCUGGUGGAGGUCCUCCCUGCUCUCGAUCCUCACCAGGAAGAGCUUUUACCUCGAAUCGCUGCUGCGGGAGGCCAAGGCGAGCAUGGGAUGGCCAGAGGAGGAGAGGAGAGGAAUCCUGGGGGUGCACUCUGCAUCGCGGCCCCUCUGCAUGCCAACAAAUCUGUACCUGAAUGCGAUUGCUACCAUGGUCAGCAAGUACGAGUUCACUGCUAUCUUCCUGGCUACAGACUCCAAGUCUAAACAUCCCGGGAGCAGGAGGCGAUCGAAGGGAUGA